ACAGGUUGUGUUGAAGUUACAAGGUGACAAUCCGAGAGAUGUUGCUGAAGCCAUGAAUACAAUCGAAGGCCCAUUAUGCUUGUUUACAAACGCCCCGUUCACGAUACAAAGGAUAUGUGAAUUGCUAUGCGAGCCGGAUCGUUAUUAUAAAGACCCCCUCAAGUUUUUACGAGGGUUUGAGAAGCUGGUUAGGGUAAACAGUAUGGUACCAGUGUCAACAACACCGGACGUCUCUACGUCAGGAAUGAGUCAGGUGCCUGAGCAGGGCAACCGCACGCCUGCGGCCGUUUGGGUACCGACGACUGUUACGAAUAGUAUUACACCAAAUGUGGACACACUACUUAGUAAUAAUACGCUCACACCACUGGCUGAUACAACCGCUGUAGACAAUAGUACAUUUACAGCGGACGCACAAUGCGAAAUGGCCGUGGUCGAUGAAGGUGGACCCAAAGAAAUGGAAGAGUGAAGACUUGUAUAUAUUCUGCGCUCUCUUUUUUUAUCUAACUCUCGCUAUCAACAAAAGUUCUUGAACUCUUCCCCCUAUAUUGUCGAAGUCCUCUUCUUCAUUAUUCACGCGAGCUGCAUCGUCUUCGAGAACUUACGGACCUUGAAUUUUCGAGCUCGACUGUGCUUCCUGUGUGCAAGUGGGUGGGAGAGCACUCUUGGCAGAAAUCGGCAGAGAAAUAUUCCGACACGUACGUGCAAAUGAUUCGAAGAGCCGUACAUUGAGAAAAUUAUUAACUACCUCAUAUAUUCCCAUACAACCCCGGCUUGUGCAUAUGCAAUAUCGAUAGUAGUGCGUAUGAGCUUGUAUCGACAGGUCAAUUAAAAUUCUGACAACAGCCUCUCUUGAGCCUCUAUUGAAAAGAAAAUAGUAAUAAAAAAAAGUAUGUAUUACGAAGUUGUAAACUUCCCAAC